UCACUUAGAAACUUUUAACUAAUCCUUUAACAAGAAUCGCGGAUGCUCUAACCGAUGCCGCAGAGAGAGCUCUAAAGCCAUUAGUUUAUUAAUAAGGUGACCAAACUUCUUCGUGUCGCUUUGAUGAACUCAUCUCGUUGUCUAUUUACUCAAAGGCUUACGGGGCGUCAAUGAACAAAAGUGGGUGGCUUUAUCGGGUUUAGUUCAACGCCUCGAAGGCGCCCCGGUAUCGUUCGAAGACUCAAGAUUUGUACAAUACAAAAUUAUUACAACCUAACUGAAGCAUAGUCACCAUACAAAGGGAACCCUUAAACUCACUCGUGUUAUAAUACGCAUGGUUUUCCGCUAGAGAACGUUAGAUCACACGUGCCGCGAAACUGAUUGCGUCGAUGAAAGAAACGCGGUCGCAUUUCGAGAUAACACCAGUGACACUCAUACAACACGCCAAUUAGACCAAGCGCUUAGAGAGAGUCGCAUCGAGACAAACCUUAUACAGUCAACUCCACGGAAGAACUAGCAAGUAAGCUGCGGGCUCAUUGUACGUGGGACUUCAGGAGAGACGCCACGCUAGCCUGAGCUUCGAGCUCCAGAACUAAGACAAGAUGGCAAAAAUUGUCCUCAAUCUUUUAAUUCUAUUUAUUGCUUCUUGUGACGCAAAAGAGAUUUCACGAAAAGAAGCCAUACGUAGUUUUGGGUUGCUGAACGAGGGAAAGCAGAACGACCCGCCCGUGCGACUGUCGCUGCCACCCGAGUUAAACUUUGGGAUUCUCCCCACCAACAUCAAUCGCGAGGAGCUUUUAGCGAUUUUAGGCCAAGAUUACGAUCGGGAAUACGUAGCGGAAACAUUCUCUGAAGUACUACUACGUAAAACGAACAAAAGCAUUUACGAUAACGAAAACUUCUAUCGCAAAACGCUAGUCAAGUCAAUGCCCGAAGGCCUGAGGAAACUGGACUUUCAAAUGCCAGGAGAGGGGAGAAACCUCGGCCCAAAAGCAAGUCGGAAACUACAGCUUUGGUUAUGGGAGCUUAGUUCUUGUCCUGUGUAUCAGAAAUGGAAGGACCAGGGCCAGUUAAUUUGGCCGAGGUAUCGCAACAUCGGAAGGUGUUCACGGAAGUCUACUUGCUCGUAUCCUGGUGGUAUGAAAUGCAAGCGGAGCAAGACAAAGAGAGUGGCGUUGUUACGGUGGUUCUGUCGCGGGAAACUCUGCCAGUGGUUAAAAUUUUUCGUUUCUGUGAUCACUGAAUGCUCGUGUCAAUGUUCAAAAAGGGAGAAGUCGCUUCCGAGCGCGUCUCAAUUGGUCAACGAUGCUGGACUCAGAUUGAGAUCGGGAGGAAUUUGAAUAAAAAAUCAGUAUGAGGGUAAAUGAGACGAUGGUGAUUGAAAACGAACACUCGGUGUUUUUCAGGACGGCGGUCAAGCAGGACAGACCGUAUAAAAUCAACGCAUGUUUUUUUACUGGAAUAUUCCGGGGAUAACGGGGCUCUCUGACUGCAGUCUGACAAAACGACUUCCGGUUCAUUGAAGCGCUGCGUCGUUUUAUCUCAAUUCGAAGUACUGUUAGAAGGGCGAAGGAAUUCAGGGGUUUUGUAUACUACGAGGACGCAUUGACUAUGCAGGAACUCGAAUCGGAAGAAGCAGCGAAGUGGAGAAUUGUACAAAUUCCGGCCCCUCUAAAAUCACGCGCCCUUGGGGUAUACGCAGAACAAAAAUUAGGAAAUAGAAUUAUUAUCUAUAGUUAAUAUAUGAAUAUACUUAUAAUGCUAAUAUCAUAUAGGUUUUAGGUAAACUGUCUAGUUCUCUCGUACUUAUAAUCAGCCAAUGAAAACUAGAGAAAUCAAUUACGACAGUGUGCUCAAAGAUGAUUCAAACUCAGUUAAAAGCUUAAACCAUAUAAACAGGCAAAGAAAACUUCUUCAAUGAUCAUCCAAAUGUUUGUUUUGUAGACGAUGUUGAAAGGCUUUCAAGAUUUUUCAAAAAGUCAUAGCGCGUUCAAGCUGAAACCAGAGACAAGGAGUCUCGAUUGGUGACAUAAUGUAAAAGAGACAACAAUACUGUUCCCUUGAAGGACCCGCCUCUCAAGCUUUAAAUAGAAAGGAAAGGUCCCGUAAAUAUCACCAAAUGAUCCAAAGUAGAACAUUCUCUUGAUAACACGAGCACCAAUUGUCAAAAUCAUUUCCGGCACAAGCUAGAACCCUGAGAUUUUUGCACACGACUGUCGUAAAAGCACCUCUCUAUUGUAAUUUCUGUAGAUAAGAUCUCUCGUCAGAAAUCUUUUAAUCGCACUAUAUAUCAAUUUAGAAGAUGUGAUUAUAAAGUCAAGAAAUACCCAUUUUCUUGUAUUAGGAAAUCAAUAAUUUUCUUCAGGAGAAACAGUUAUUUUAACUAUGAGUACAUGCAUUCUAACAUGACAUCGGCAACAAUUAUAUUUGUACAAAAUAUAUAGUUGUACACAAAUAUGUUCUACAAUAGAAUUCUUAGUAUGAGAAUAGUAAAAGAAUGGAAUCACUAAUAAAAAUGACAUUUUCUA